ACAAGCGGCAGUCUCUUUCAUCUUAUUUACCGAACCUGCAAAUGCAAUCAUCCACCUCUGUAGAAUUUAAUCCAAUUUUUCUUCUCAAACUUUACACUACACAGCACACAAUCAACAAUUAGAAUAUUAUUCGAAGCAAAUAAAAAUAAAAGAAAUUGAAAUUUUCUUAAUUAUAGUUUGAAACUAGAAAACAUACAGAAAAAUAUUUUCUUUCUUAGAAAAUGGCGAGAGCUAACCAAGGGGAAAUCGAGACUUUCAUGAGCAUCACCGGCGUUUCUGAUGCCACUGCUGUUCAGAAACUUGAGGAGCAUCAUGGCAACCUCAACGAAGCUGUUAAUGCACAUUUUAGUGCCGGGGACAGAAACAUAACAAAUCAGGCAUCCUCUGUGGAUCCUCAUGAUGAUGUUAUGGACAUUGAUGAUCCAAUCCAAGAUGAAUCCCAUAGACCUCCUUUCUCGUUGCCAGUGUCCACUAAAGAUGCGAAUACAUUUUCUCUUCUUGGUCCCAACUUUACUGGAAGUAUAGUUGAUAGGGGUACUGAUUUUACAAGUGGUUCACAUUUUGUGUCACAUCCAAGAGAAGUGAGGCGGAUUCCUAUUGAAAUGAAAGAUGGGAAUGGACCAAUGGGUGAUUCCGGUAAUGCUCCUACUAAUGAAGAUGUAACUGUAAGUGCCCGAGAUCAUGGAGGGACUGUCAUAAUUGACGACGACGAUGAAGCCAAUGUUCCUAAUGGCCCUAUAAGUGCUCCCACUAUUGUUGAUGAGGCCGACUACAACAAGGAUAUAGAAGAAGAAAUGGUUCGGGCAGCUAUCGAGGCUUCUAAGCAGGAUGCUGCAAAGUCAGAGCAGCAACUUGACAAUUAUAGUGAUCUUAGGGAUCCCAUGCCUCAGCCAAGGCAGUCGCAUCCAGAAGAUGCUGAAUUUGAUCAUGCAGUUUCAUCAUCGCUGAAGACAGCAGAGCAAGAGAAAGCAUUGCAGGAAGGAAAAAUUGGAGCAUUAGACCUGGAAGCUGAGAAAUCAGCUGAGACGGAGGAGCCGGGGAAACUAAAAUCCUCAAGUGGAAGGCAAUCUAGAUUGGAGAUCGGAAGCUCUUCCAUCCAAAAUGAAGCAGAUGUAGAAGAGCAGCCGCUAGUUAGGCAAAGGAACAGACAUAUGACCUCAGAUUCUCUUGAAGGAGUUGAGGUUACCCCACCACCAAGUCAGCAUGAUAAUCUUCAUCAGUCACAGCAGAAUGAAAGUGUCUUUCCCUCUGAUGAGUGGGGUGGCAUCUCGUCUGUGGAGCAUGACGAAGCUGUAAUGCUUGAAGCUGCAAUGUUUGGUGGGAUUCCUGAAGGGAGUGGAUAUGACUUCCGUUAUCCACCUCAUGAGCUCAUACAGGAUGAUUUAGAUAGAAGUAUGGGUCUUCACCAAAGGCAUAUACCUCGUCCUCCCUGGGGUGGCAUCUCGUCUGUGGAGCAUGACGAAGCUGUAAUGCUUGAAGCUGCAAUGUUUGGUGGGAUUCCUGAAGGGAGUGGAUAUGACUUCCGUUAUCCACCUCAUGAGCUCAUACAGGAUGAUUUAGAUAGAAGUAUGGGUCUUCACCAAAGGCAUAUACCUCGUCCUCCCUCACCCUCUCUUACUGCUCAGCGGUUGAUUCGAGAACAACAGGAUGACGAAUUUCUUGCAGCAUUACAAGCUGACAGAGAGAAGGAAUUGAAGGCCAAGGAAGAUGCUGAAGCUGCUAUUGCAGAAGAGAGACACAAAGAGGAGGAAAUGCAGAGGAGACUGGAAGAGGAACGGGAACUUGAGAGACAAUUAGCUGCAAAAGAAGCUUCCCUUCCUCUGGAACCAACUCCAGAUGAUGACAAUGCUAUUACCCUUCUUGUGAGGAUGCCGGAUGGCAGUCGGAUGGGUCGGAGCUUUCUUAAGUUAGACAAGCUGCAGUAUCUUUUUGACUUCAUUGAUGUUGGCAGAGUGGUUAAGCCUGGUACUUACAGAUUGGUAAAUAUUUCUUGCCAUCCUCUUCUUAUUUGUGCCAGUUCGUCUCCUUUUCGUUUAAUUCUGAAGAUACACUUUUAGACGGCUUUUGGUAGCUGAACG